CCAAACGACUCUCUGGACUUCAAUCCAAGAACCGAAAGCCAAAAGACAAUGCUGAGAUUCGGACAACAACUAAUGCUGCUGGCGAUGGCCUGUUUGGCUCUGCAGAUGGCCCAUGGAUGGUUGUUGAAACUGCCCAAGCUGGAGGCGAAACUGGAGAAGGACGAGGCCAUGCUGGACUGGCUGGAGGGCAAGAAGCAGAAGGAGCUGCUCAAGAAGCUGGAUUUCCUCAAUUUGUUCACCGAGAAGGAGGAGGCCAAGCUGGAGAAGAAGGAGAACGAGUGGGAGAAGUUCAAGCAGUGGUGGGACGAGAAGAAGGAGAAGGAGUUGGCCUUCUUCGAGGCCAAGAAGGAGAAGGAGCUGGCCUUCUUCGAGGACAAGCUCGCGAAAAAGUCGGGCAAAAAGAGCAAGUCCAGGAAGACCACAGCGAAGCCCUGCUAUGGCUAUGCCCCCUCCAAAUAUUACUCAGAGGAGGUCACCGAAGCGGUGGAGUACGAGUCGUCGGAGUCCGAGGAAGUCACCCAAAAACCCUACCGAAAGAGCUACGCACCUAAGAGCUACGACAGACCCAGCUAUCCGGUACCCACAAUCUACGAUGUAAGGGACGAUUCGGCGGAGGGUGAACGCUACUUUACCUGAAAGGACCAGGCUAAUUGGCUCGGAUGGUUGGUUGGUUGGACGGAUGGAUGGAUGGACGGAUAUUUAUUUAUUGCAUUUUCUUUGCUCUCUCUCAUUUUGACAUAAUUACAUUUUUAAUAAUAUAAUUAAAAUUCACAUAGCUGAACGAA